AUGACCUGCCAGCUGACUUUAGGCCCCCGCAGGGCACGGAAAUUUAUGUGCCUCAUGUCUCCAGAUACGAAACUGCUGGUCAUCGAUGAGCCCACGAGCGCGAUGGACCUUGAAGGGGAGUUUAAGCUAUUCGAGGCGCUCCGGCGCGUGCGCUCGGGGUGGACCCUCGUCAUACACCGCUCUGGGGCGGCCACCUCACGCGCCAUGUGUAUGUAUGACGACAUGCUUUUGGAAUCAGACACGCACAAGCUGCCUGUCGAGCGGAACGGUGUCUACAGCAAGUUGUAUAAUAUUCAAGCCCAUGUGCUCCCAUAA